AUGGCUGCCAUUCUUUCCUCAGUGACGCGCCCCUCAAUCCGCCACUUCUCGGCCCAUCGCCCUCGGCCUGAUUCUCGCGCGGCUCGCGCUAUCACCAUGGGAUUCCUUGUAUCCGGCGUUGUUCUUCCAUUCGUGCCCCCCGCCAUGGAAAGUUCCCGCCAACGCAACUUGAGUAUGCCUACUAGCGCCAAAAACCCCCCACUAUGCUUUCACGCACGCUAG